AUGAAUAUCAUAUCGAUUUUUGAUCCAGCUGUUGUUUGCACCUUUGCUGUAUCAGUCAUCGUCUUUUGCUCAUGGUUUACACUGUUCUACAAAAAAGUCGCUCGCACUGAAAGAGAAACGGCUUAUUCUUGUGCAUUACUCAGCAGCUCUGUUACUUUUACCUGCUCCCUUCCGCUCGUCUAUACGCUUCUCACUAAUGGCGGUAACCUUUCUGACAUCCUCAUGUAUCGCACUUGGACAGUACUCGCUACAACAUUCUUUAUGGCCUUUUUGUUCCUGGAUUUAAUUCUUGGCAGCAUCUUUUACCGCAACAAAUUAGAAUGGUUAACGAGUUGGGUUCACCACAUUGUCUAUCUCGGUACCUUGACGUGGGCCAUCCAUCAGCAAUAUUGCAGUAUAUUCAUCAUGAUGUGCAGUUUGGAGCUUCCCACAUUUCUCUUGGCUUUGGGUUCAGUUCGAUCACAGUUCCGUAGAGAUUAUUUGUUUGCUACAGCUUUUGUGAGUACUCGCAUCAUCUUUCAUGCCUAUGCGAUAAGAUGUGCCUAUCGCAUGGAUGCUUCCUUCAAUCCUAUUGUGAUGGCAUUGUCUGCUUUCUUUCCAAUUCAUUGCUUUUGGUUUUAUGGCUUUAUCAAGCAACAGAUUCGACUUGCUAAACAACGAAAAGCUGGUAAUAAAGCAGUCAGUUGUAAUAAUGAAAAGACGCUCGUUCCUUCAAAACAAAGGUCAGUCACUGCUAGGAAAAUCACAUCGACUAUGCAGAAAGCAACUACCAAAGCCAUGACAUCCUCGCUAAACAAACUGAAUCAAUAUACCAAUAUCAUUCAACAAAGGAAAGGUAUGGCUAGUAAUACAGUAACAGGUAUACAAACAAGAAGUGCCAGCAGCUAUUUAAGGCCGACAUCGCCAACUUCUUCAUUUCAGCCACAACAACGUCAGCAUACAUCUCCUCCUGUAUCCGUACAUUAA